CCUUCACCUCCCUCCCUCUCUCCCUCCCUCCCUGCCUGCCUGCCUCCAUCUGUCUUUCUCUCCUCUCUCAGUGGCGGUGUGAGCAGGUGAACUGUCAGAGUCCUGAGUCUCUGCUCUCCUGGAUAUUAGCCGGUGUGGGAAGAGAGGAGCAAACCUCCUUGAGCAAAUAUCACAAAGUGGCUGUUUCCCCUGGUGGACUUUUUUGCCUUUUUUUACUCCCCCUGCUUCGUUUCACCUUGUGGCCAACAUACACUCAGAACGGAAGCUUUUGGAGACAGCGGUCUUUAAAAAGCUUUGAAGCUAAGGUGAAAAAAGAAAAAAAAGAAAAACGAAAUCCCUCUGGACUGGACAAGAGGAACAAGAAGAGGAGGAAACAGAAAAAGAAGAGGCAGAGAAGCCCUCCUGUUACUCCAAGUGAGUAAUGGUAGUAGAUGUUUAUUGGUCGUGCUCCCGCUGGCUGUUGAAAGAGCCAGUGAAAACCUUCUCCCCGAGAAACAGUGGGAGGAGACAGGUCCUCGCGGCUGAUUGACACCAGAGCACCCUACAGGUGGAGCCCAGGAAGGUCUGCUGAGCACUGCGCUACCAAGGAGAAAGAGAGAGAGAGAGAGAGAAAGAGAAAGAGAGAGAGAGAGUGAAGGAGACUGAGAGAGACUCAGAAGGAGAGAGAGAGAGAGCGAGAGGAGAGAGCAGCCGCGCUAACAGCAGCCGCCACGCUUCACACCCCUCUGCCCGUCUCCUGAUCAAGAGGAAGCCGUUCCCUCCAUCAGUCGCUCUUCCACCCCCUCUCCCUCCUCACCUCCUCCAGCCACCAUGAGCCAGUGCAGGAAGAGGUGCAAGAGGCAGCUGACCAAGGUGGCCCGCUACUUCUACAGAUUCGUCACCGGCACACUGACCCAAGACAGCAUUGAGGAUGACUUUGAACUGUCCACGGUGUGCCAUCGGCCAGAGGGUCUGGACAAACUACAGGAGCAGACGAAGUUCACCAAGAAGGAGCUUCAAGUUCUCUACAGAGGCUUCAAAAACGAGUGCCCCAGUGGUGUGGUCAAUGAAGAAACCUUUAAACACAUCUACUCUCAGUUCUUCCCCCAGGGAGACUCAAGUACAUACGCACAUUUCCUGUUUGAAGCAUUUGACACAAAUAAGAAUGGGUCAGUUAGUUUUGAGGACUUUGUUGCAGGUCUUUCGAUUAUCCUCAGAGGGUCAAUUAAUGACCGAUUAAACUGGGCGUUCAACCUUUAUGAUCUCAAUAAGGACGGCUGUAUCACCAAAGAGGAGAUGAUGGACAUUAUGAGAUCAAUUUAUGACAUGAUGGGAAAGUACACCUACCCCUGUAUGCAAGAUGACGCUCCAAGGGAACACGUGGAGAACUUCUUUCAGAAAAUGGAUCGAAAUCAAGAUGGUGUUGUCACUAUCGAAGAGUUCAUUGAGUCAUGCCAAAAGGAUGAGAACAUCAUGCAGUCCAUGCAGCUGUUUGACAAUGUCAUUUAGGAGGGUCAAGUGGUGGAGGGGACCCCAAGGCCUUGUUGUCUGGACUCCAUGUUGGCCUAAGGACCCCCACAACUGGCCUCCUUAUCCUCCAAUGUCAUUCCUUUUUUCCUAGAGACACUUGAAAAAAAGUGGGGCUGGCUUAUAGACACACACAUUUGUUAUUUUACAUUCAUCAUGUUCUGAGGAAGCUCUUGUGUUGACUCAUUCGAAAUACAGUCCCAGUCUGGGAGGGAGGGUGUGUGUGUGUGUAUGUGUAUGUGUGUGUGUGUGUGUGUAGGGGGGUGAUCAAGACAGAAAGAUGCGUGUAUAUGGGAAGACCAGAAGAUGACUGGAAAUGUGGCGACUGGGCAUUGUGACGACGACGACAACGACCCUCCAACAACAAACUGAUUUUAUUACCGCAUGAUGUCACAAUUAGUCCACACUUAUCUAUUUACCGAGAUACUCCAAAGCCUGUCUGUUGCUCUAUGUGUGUCCACACUGGUGCCUCGCUCCCCUUUAGCGUCUGCUGUCGUCGUUGUGCUUGUAAGGUUGUGUAAGGCUCUACUGCCGUCACUCAGAAUCCCAGGCUACCUACCCAACCACCACUCACUCACUUGCCAUAAAGUAACUUAGCUGACCAGUCCGCAGCGGUUAGUAGGGCAGAAAUGAUUACAUUCCAGAGGAGUCUCCAGUUUGGGCCUUGAAAUCUUUAGCUGUCGUAUGCUGACUGUUUCUCUCUGUGCCCUCACAGACAACUUCCGGUUAUAAACUCAACACAUGGCUAAUUGCAUUGUGGGCAAAUGUCUCACCAUAGCCAGCCAAUCUUCUUAGCUAAUUGUAUUGUAUCUAGAAUGGGAGUGAACAUGUGAAAUAAUAGUGUCCUCACUCUGCCAUGUAAUACUCGACUGUACCAUACAGUAGAUGAUGUCAUGGACACACUGAUGAGUGUGAUCUAGUUUGAAUAGAGAGAGGGGCUUCCUUCCCUCUGGCUAAGGCCUGGGAUGGACGUUAGUAUGUUGCAACGCAUUGUCAAAAGGAGCAGCCAUCUUUCCUCCAAGUUUAUUUUCCCAUCAAACACCAAAGAGAAAGGCUCUAGUCAGUUUUCCCUGAUCCCUUCCUUAACAUGCUACCAUCACACAUCUCAGUGUAUUCUGUGAUGGAAUGGGGCCUGGCUUGGAGAAUUAGAAGGGGUCACAUCAGCAGUAGGAAAGGUGGAUCUUUUACUUUUCCCAUUCAGAAGCAUAGGGAAAAGGGACUGGCACUGUUUUCUCUUUCCAGUUGAGAUUACUACUGACACCACACUACAGACAGCCACUAUAAUAAGUAAUGUAUUUUACAAAGACCAGUACAGAAGUACACAUCUAGAUGGGGUGGGAGGAGGGAGGGUGCAUACAAAUCUUUAUUGGUAGUGAAAUUUGUAUUUCUAUAUUUUAUUUAUUUCCCAAGCAGUUAAAAAGGGACGUGUAGAAGAUAGAUGGGCUAGUUUAACACAAGCAAUAAUGUCCCUUCAUCAACUGUGACCUGAAGUAUUUAUAAUGUCAUCCAGAGAAUUGAUCUACAAGAACCAAUGAUCAGUUGACAGAAUGAGAUAGAGUGUGUCAUGUCUAUCCCUACAGAUUAUUCAUUUGUGGUCAGCAGGGUGCAGAACAUUGGUGAUGCACAUACUCUGGAUCACUGUGGUUGUGUUCACUGUCCCAAGCCUUCCAGUGUCUCCUUUGUGUAAUUCUUGACCCUAAGCCUAUGAAGUACCGGUAAUUAUUGGCACUCAAGUUUAAUGUUUGUAUGAUUCUUUUGCAAGUUAUGUGAGGCUGUCGCCUUAUUUCAACAUGAGCUUGCUGCAGGAAGAGGUCCAGUGUAACUGAUUUGAUAUCUUUUGGCAUGGUCCGAUUGUUAUUUUUUAACACAUGGAUAAUUGAAGUGCUGUAUUCCCAGUCUAGCUCUCACCACUAGACUCGAUGCCAAGCAUAUAUACAUAUCAACACACUUGCAAUGAAGAUCACCAUGAAUACAACAUUAAAAAUAACACAUUAUUACUGCAGUGCCUUGAGUGCUGUACUGAACUAAUUUGGUCACACCCUCUUCUAUGUAAAAUUAACUUGAUAUUCUUUUUAUUUUUGAUGUGGCAUGGAUGGAUAUCGAUAUUUGGUCCUAAUUGCUGGUAGCAGAACUCCAUUCCUACCCAAAGUGGUACCUGUCUAUAUUCGCAUGUACUGUCUAGAGCAAUGAUAAACUUAAUAACCUGGUGUACCAACUGUGUCUAGUGAGCUAGCCUCAACUGGUUGCAUUACAUAAAAACAUGUAUAUUUUGUAUAGACAAUAAAAAUCACAACUGCUAUGCAUAGUAUGUUAUGCACCAUUCUA